AUGGUAGAUCUGGCAACUUUUAAAAUACUCACGUGGAUUUCACUACAAAGAUACGAUAUUGAUACAAGUUGACAAUGGCUUUGAAAAGAUUAAAAACUAAAAAGUCUAAACGACUUUCUGGACGCCUAAAACAUAAAAUUGAAAAGAAAGUGCGAGAACACAAUAGAAAAAUUCGGCGGGAGACAAAAAGAAAUCCUAAAACCGGGAGCAAAAAGCAAAAACUUAUUCAAAUACCUAACAUUUGCCCAUUUAAAGAAGAUAUUUUAAAAGAAGUAGAAGAAUCGAAAAAGCGUGUUGAAGAGGAUAAAAUGCGACGUCGUGAAACAUUUAAACAUCAAAAGAAGGAAAAUAAAUUCAAAAGCCUUGAAGACUUAGUUCUGGAUGCGACUACUAGGAGUGAAGUUCAUACAUCUACUCAAGUGGACAAUGUCGUUGCCGAGAAGGAGUAUAGUCUAGCUAUAACCAAGGAACAGUCCCUUAAGCAAUACUUCAAGGAAUUCAAAAAAGUAAUUCAAAAUGCUGACGUCGUUUUAGAAGUGGUAGAUGCACGCGAUCCUCUGGGAACUCGAUGCAAUGAGGUCGAACGAGCUGUACGCUCUUUAUCGGGUAAUAAGCGUCUAGUGUUAAUAUUAAACAAAGCUGAUUUGGUGCCACGUGAAAAUCUCAAUAAUUGGAUUGGAUAUUUUCGGCGAUUCGGUCCGGUUACUGCUUUUAAGGCCUCAACACAAGAUCAAAUAUCUAAAUUGGGUCGACGGAAAUUAAAGCAAACUAAAACAGAUAAGGCUAUGCAAGGAUCUGUGUGUGUGGGAGCUGAAUUACUAAUGUCGAUGCUUGCAAAUUAUUGUCGCAAUAAAGGCAUUAAAACCUCAAUACGCGUGGGUGUUGUAGGAAUACCAAACGUUGGAAAAAGUUCUAUAAUAAAUUCCUUGACUCGCGGCAAAACGUGCUCUGUUGGUUGCACUCCGGGUGUUACAAAAGUCAUGCAGGAAGUUGAACUUGAUUCAAAAAUAAAACUAAUUGAUUGCCCAGGUAUUGUUUUUACAAAUCCAGCAAAAGAGAGUUCUGAGGUAGUCGUUUUAAAGAAUGUUCAACGUGUUGGUGACAUUAAAGAUCCUUUUACAGUUGCCGAGAGUGUGUUAAAGCGCGCCAGUAAACAGUACUUUUGUAAGCUUUAUGAUAUUUCAGAGUAUGAUAGUUUUGAAGAAUUUUUUGCUAAAAAGGCUUCACGAAUGGGUAAAUUUUUAAGAAAAGGUGUGCCAGACGUUGUUGCAGCUGCACGUAGUGUGCUUAAUGAUUGGAAUAGUGGUAAAAUUAAAUAUUGUACUCAACCUCCUGAAACAGAGCAAAGAGAUGAUGUCCAUGUUAGUUCUGCCAUAGUUCACUCUGAUGCUCUCGAAUUUGAUGUUGAUAAUUUCGAUGCGAUGGAGAUAGAAAUUCUCAACAAAUGUAUUGUUAAAAAUGAGGAAGUAUUGGAAGUCAUUUCAAGUGGACCUGUGGAAAUGAAAAUGUCCUUUGAUGAUAUUGAUACGAAAAAGUCUACAGAUCCCAUAGUGAAUGAAAGCCAAAUUCCUAAUAAAAAAAGAAAACUAAUGGAUGCAAACGAUAUAUCGACAGUGGAUAUCGUAAUGAAUUUAGAAGGUAAUCAGUCAUUGAAUAAGAAUAUGAAGGAUCAAAUCAAAAAGAGAAAAAAACAGAAUGUACGUAACGAAAAGAAAAUUUCUAGACUAACCGAUGUUCUGGAUGGAUUUAGCUUGGAGACGAGUACUGAUAACAAAUAUGAUUUCAACAAGGACUACUUAAUUGAAUAAACAAGUAGAUAUCCUAUUAUAUGUAGAACGUGUAAUAGCUACAAACAACAUAUAAACUUGAUUUUGAGGAAACCAUGCUUGCUUUUAAAAGCUUACAUUUUUGUACUUUCAAUUUUAAGUUGACGCGAAUACAUUUAAAUAUUUCGUAUGUUGGUUAAUUAUGUGGCCUGAAUUUGAGCUUGAGCCAACUUAAGCAGUUAUCCCAGAAAUACAGAAAUAUUGUGUCUGUAAAUAUGUAUCAAUGAUAUGCUUGUUAUCUAAUGUUGAAAAUAUAUUAAAACAAAUAUAGUACAUUCAUAUAUGUCA